AUGGACGAGGUGAUGCCGAGGGAGGAUGCUGGACGACGGAUUGUCGACGCUUUCCUGGGUGGCAGACGGCGGGCGCAGUAUGGGAACCUGCCAAGAUUCGGUCCAGAGAUGCGAGAUGUCGUAUUCGAUUACCUCGUCCGUGGCGGAUACGCUAAGACGGCUAGUGCGAUGCUGAAUGACGAGAACAAGGCUCCAGAAAGACACAAAGAUUUUAAAGGGACGCAGAAUGAGCAGACGAUUGCGCAAGUAUUGCAUCAUGCACGAGACGUCCAAGAUGCGGUACUUGAUGGGGAGCCAAAUACUGCACUACACCUGCUGGACACUCGCCUUCCCCAUAUAAAGUCGUCACCGGCAUGGUCCUCCCUCUUGCGCUUACCCUCGCUAUUAGGACAGGAAGCGCAAAAUAGAGGCUUCAUACAUUCAAUUCCUUCCAAUCGCCCACCGUACUCUUACGAUCAUCUCCUCUGUGGCGAGUCAAACCCCUUUGCUGAUAGCGACCAGAGCCAUGGAGGAACAGAAGAUACGCAGUUAUACACGUUGAGGAUUCGACUCAGGCUGCAAUUAAUCGUCGAGACGAUGCGAGGCAUACCAAUUCUAAGCGCACCACAACCUCCAGUGGGAAACCGUCAGUUGGAUACGCAGCACGCUCAAGAUACGACCGAGAUCGAGCCUAAAACGCGCUCUUUCACUAUGGCGCUCAAUGUCAGAAUUUCAAUAAAGCAGGCGGGGCUCAUCCGAGAAAGCCUCUCAAAUCUCAUCGUCUCGAUCAAUACCCUUCCAAGCUCCCGUGAUCGCACGAGCUACCUGCGAGAGGUUGAUAUUCUUCUGCGCGUCCUCGAUCUUUCAUGGUCGGCAGAGGAAGAAUUGGGGCGUCUGCUUGGGGUACUCGACCGUUGUACCCCUCUCAAUCAAACGGCGUCAUCAUGGGGCCAACGACUCGAAUCCUGGCUGUUUGCACCUUCAGAGCAGACAGACUCGACGGAAUCGUCAGACCCUCAGACGCUGCACUCCCUAUUCUGCCUGCGACGACGAAGAGAGCUGGCAGAGGAUGUCCACGCGUACAUUCUCGGCGCAUAUGGAUACCCAAGCCCACCAUCCUCCGCAAGGCUCACUACUGGUAUUGACGGGUCCCGUCAGGCGGUGCAACCCUCAACUCUCCCACUCCUCGUGCAGAUAUGCCAGCAGACGUCUGCACUAUUCAACUUUCUUCAUCGUCUAUGUAUCGCACUUCCUCCUCGACAUGUGUGGUUUGAGGACGGUGUAACACCACCUAGGCGCGGGGAAUGGGAGGAGUGGCAGCAGCGAGUCUGGAAAAGUACAAGCUGA